UCGACGUUGUUGGCGGGAAAGAAUCGGCACCCGUGAUGAUUGGGUCACUGGCGACGCCCUUCGCCUUCUUGCCGGAGGUCUCGACAACCAUACCGGCGCUGGUGGCGAACGGGCGGUGGAUGUUGCCGGCAUUGAUGUCGCUGCCGGGUAACGUGGUGGUGCGGCCAGUGUGGGCGCACAAUCUGCAGGACGAGGUGGAGCUAAUCGAGUCGCUCCUGCCACGCUUCCGGUACGCCGCAGUCGACACGGAAUUCCCGGGGACGGUGUACCGGCCCAAGGUGCCGGCGUACGCACUCACGGAGGAGAAGAAGUACGCCCUGCUCAAGGCGAACGUCGACGGGCUGCACCUGAUCCAACUAGGCCUCACUCUGUUCGACGCGGCGGGCCGGCUCCCGGACCUUGGCACCGGCGGCGCCGUGCAGUACGUGUGGGAGUUCAACUUUCGCGAAUUCGACGUCCGGCGCCACCGCUAUGCACCCGAAUCAAUUGAGCUGCUGCGGGGCAAGGGCGUGGACUUCGACCGGACACGCCGGGAGGGAAUCGACGGGGCGGCGUUGGGCCCGCGGCUGCGCAAGCUGCUGCGCGGUGGCCUUGGCGAUGCCGGGGUGAUCACGUUCAGCGGCACCUACGACCUGGCGUACCUCGUCAAGCUGAUGCUAGGCCGCGGGUACAAGCUGCCCGUCACGCCGGCGCAGUUCGAGAGCGUCGUGAAGGCCAUGGUCCGCAAGAGGCUGUACGACGUUAAAGAGAUGGCGCGUCGCUGCCCUGGCGACGUCGACCUCCGCGGCGGGCUGGACCGCGUGGCCGGGAAACUGGACGUGAGGCGGGCCGUCGGUGAGGCGCACCAGGCCGGUUCCGAUAGCCUGCUCACGUGCCAGGCGUUCAUGAAGAUACGGGAGCGCUACUUCGUCGACGAUCACGAGCUGACGACCCUCGCUGGCGUGGUGGCCGGCGUCACCGUGUGCUGACUGCUCACGCCAACAUGCACCCGUGUGUAAAUAUAAACAACUACGUAGAUUUGGAUAUUUGCUUACGACUAACUUUUGUCGUCCUUUUUUUGUUAGGAAUCGAUUCAGUUUUGCUAAAGUACAU